UCACUUUGUUCAGCAGUUCUAAAGCUUGCACGUUUUUGCUGCAUGUUUGAUCAGAUUGCUGAUGAGGUUUAGUUGUGUAAGGUUUGUAAAACAUGGGCCAAGAGUUCACUAACCCUUAGUCCUGCCAACCCACGUGGGCUGCAACCUUAAAAGCUAAUCCUUCUCCGCACUGAAUGGAAAGAGCUCAGAUUGUAGACUAGACCUGUAAUUAAGCCUCCUACAGGAAAAGCAUAAAAUUUGUACCCGCACACAGAGGACGAUGUCUGCGACUGUGAAUAAUCCUUUCCAACAUCUAGUUGAGCCUCUGAACCCCGCGGACCCAACGCAGCAGUUUUACAAUCUGUCCAAACUCGGAGACUCCAGAUAUGACCGUCUGCCGUUCUCCAUCCGGAUCCUCCUGGAGUCUGCUGUCAGGAACUGUGAUGAGUUUCUGGUGAAGCGCUCGGAUGUGGAAAGCAUCCUGAACUGGAAGCAGACCCAGACUCAAACUGUGGAGGUCCCAUUCAGGCCAGCCCGUGUCAUCCUCCAGGACUUCACCGGUGUCCCUGCCGUGGUGGACUUUGCUGCCAUGCGGGAUGCGGUGAUGAAACUGGGCGGUGACCCAGAGAAGAUUAAUCCCGUGUGCCCCGCUGACCUCGUCAUCGAUCAUUCCAUCCAAGUGGACUUUAACAGGAAGUCUGACAGCCUGCAGAAAAACCAGGACUUGGAGUUUGACCGCAACAGAGAGAGAUUUCAGUUCCUAAAGUGGGGCUCUCAAGCCUUCAGGAACAUGCGAAUCAUUCCUCCUGGCUCAGGCAUUGUUCAUCAGGUCAACCUGGAGUACUUGGCUAGAGUGGUGUUCAACUAUGAUGGCUAUUUCUACCCCGAUAGCUUGGUGGGAACCGACUCCCACACCACCAUGAUCGAUGGACUGGGAGUCCUGGGCUGGGGUGUGGGUGGAAUUGAGGCGGAGGCUGUAAUGCUGGGUCAGCCGAUAAGCAUGGUACUGCCUGAGGUGGUGGGAUACAAGCUGUCUGGAACCCCCGACAAGCUCAUUACCUCCACUGACAUCGUCCUCACUGUUACUAAGCACCUCCGUCAGGUGGGUGUCGUGGGGAAGUUUGUGGAGUUUUUCGGCCCCGGUGUUGCUCAGCUGUCCAUCGCCGAUCGUGCCACUAUCGCCAACAUGUGUCCAGAGUACGGAGCCACAGCGGCUUUCUUCCCCGUGGACAACGUCAGUAUUCAGUACCUCGAGCAGACUGGGCGAGAAGCAGAAAAGGUGGCCUACAUUCAAAAGUACCUGAAGGCAGUGUCCAUGUUCAGAGACUACGAUGAUGUCUCUCAGGAUCCAGAGUUCACUCAGGUUGUAGAGCUGGAUCUGAACACAGUGGUUCCGUGCUGCAGCGGUCCAAAAAGACCCCAGGACAGAAUUCCUGUGUCCGACAUGAAAUCAGACUUUGAAACCUGCCUGGGAGCAAAGCAAGGGUUCAAGGGCUUCCAGGUGGCUCCUGAGCAUCACAACACUUCAGUCAGCUUCCAGUUUAACGAGAGAGAGUACACGUUAAACCACGGGUCAGUGGUCAUCGCUGCUAUCACCAGCUGCACCAACACCAGCAACCCGUCUGUCAUGCUGGGAGCAGGACUCCUCGCUAAGAAGGCGAUAGAGUGCGGCUUGAGCGUGAAGCCGUACAUAAAGACCAGCCUGUCACCCGGCAGUGGAGUGGUCACCUACUACCUAAAGGAGAGCGGCGUCAUGGACUACCUCUCUCAGCUGGGCUUUGAGGUUGUUGGCUAUGGUUGCAUGACCUGUAUAGGCAACAGCGGUCCUCUCCCAGAGCCGGUGGUGGAGGCCAUAACUCAGGGUGAUCUGGUCGCUGCAGGCAUCCUAUCAGGAAACAGAAACUUUGAAGGGAGAGUCCACCCCAACACCAGAGCAAACUACCUGGCUUCCCCACCACUCGUCAUCGCCUACGCAAUAGCCGGUACAGUGAGGAUAGAUUUUAAGAGCGAGCCAAUCGCUGUUAACUCUGAAGGCAGAGAGAUUUUCCUGCAUGAUAUCUGGCCCACACGGGAGGAGAUCCAGGCUGUGGAGAGAUCCUUUGUCAUCCCGUCAAUGUUCAAAGAAGUCUACGAAAAGAUUGAGAAAGUGAAUGAACGCUGGAACUCUCUGGUUGCUCCCUCUGACAAGCUGUACACGUGGGACCCCAAUUCAACCUACAUCAAGUCCCCGCCGUUCUUUGAUGGUUUGACCAUGCAGCUACAGCCGCCCAAGUCCAUAAAUGAGGCCUACGUGCUGCUGAACCUGGGAGACUCGGUCACCACGGACCACAUUUCUCCUGCAGGGAACAUCGCCAGGACAAGCUCUGCAGCACGCUACCUGACCAGCAGAGGUCUGACACCUCGUGACUACAACUCGUACGGCUCACGGCGAGGUAACGACGCCGUCAUGGCCAGAGGGACGUUUGCCAACAUCCGCCUCUUUAACAAGUUCCUCAACAAGCAGGCACCACAAACCAUCCACCUGCCAACUGGAGAAACGCUGGACGUGUUCGAUGCUGCAGAGAGGUACGAGCAGUCUGGAAUCCCUCUGGUGGUUCUGGCAGGGAAGGAGUACGGCUCAGGCAGCUCCAGAGACUGGGCAGCAAAGGGUCCCUUCCUGCUGGGUAUUAAGGCAGUCAUAGCGGAGAGCUAUGAGAGGAUCCACCGCAGUAACCUGGUCGGGAUGGGAGUGAUUCCUCUGGAGUAUCUACCAGGAGACACCGCCGACAGCCUGGGACUGACCGGCCGAGAGCGCUACACCAUCGUCAUCCCCAAGGAGCUCACACCCAGGAUGAUUGUGGACGUGAAGCUCGACACGGGGAAAACUUUCCAGGUGAGGAUGAGAUUCGACACCGAUGUGGAGCUGGCGUAUUUCCACCACGGAGGCAUCCUCAACUACAUGAUCCGCAAGAUGUCCGAAAACUAACCAUGCCAAGUACAGCGGCAGGAGGAGAGCAACACGUGUCAAUUUUCUAAUUCUCAGACAUGACGUCACUGUAGUGAGCUCAUGUAACGGUUGUCAGGCGACACAAUACUGUCCAAAAAGAAUCCAGUCAUUGUCCAAGUUUGAAGUUAGCACAGUGCUACUACUUGUAAUUACAUACCAGACCUAGAGUAUAUUUGAGAUGUGAAUAUUUAGUUGAUGAUGAUACUUGAAGGCAAAGAAUUAUUCCACUUUAUUCCGACUUGGGUCUCAGUUUUUAACAUCUAGGUUUGUUACAACAGCUACGGCAGAGGUCGUUUAAUUUUAUACUGAUCAGCAGGGGGCAGUAACGUGCCAAGCAGUGUGCCAAUAAAGACAGGAGGAAGAAGAAGGAGCUGCAGGUUUGAGGAAGGAAGGAAGUACUUUUAUCUUUGUUAGAACCGAAACUUUGUUUACAAGAAAACACAACAGAGUUCCUUUAACACUCUGUGUUUGACACAGAGAAGUUGUUCUGAAGAAGCUAAAACCAAACCCUGAUCGAAGAUCUGCUCAGUUCUUGUGGACUUUGAGCACCAGCGGGAUCUGCUAAGCACUGAGGUAUAUGUUAAUCAUAAACAGAUGAAGUUCUGGACCCGAGUUUCCAAGUGACCCGUGUUGUAAUAAAGCAGAAUAAAUCUUUAAACUCAAAGGGUUGUGUUGAGAUUCAAAGGUCGUCCUUGUGCCCAACACGGAUGAGAUUUCCUCAAAGUUAAGAUCACUGUAAAACAUUCCAAACUGUAUCGUAAAUCUGCUUUUGUCAGUGUGUCAAGUUCACGUCAUUGACUGCCUUAAUGACUUUGUGUGUGUACGUCAUAAUUUAAACGUUUUUCUUCUUCCUCUUUAUCCUAAAACAUCUUUUUGAUUGUGAAGACUAAAAAAAAUCACAUUUUUGUUAAACUUACAACACUCAUCCUGAAUGCAAUAAACCACAGAUGACUAAAAAAUAAA